AUGGAGUUGGCUGACAAACUGAACUAUCCCAGCUCUGGGUAUAAGCUAAAGGCGAUCACUGCAUUCAAGAUUUUCAUCUACCAUCGCGACCAUGCUCUCGGGGAUAGCGAAGCUGUCAUCCCUAAGAUUAUUCGCGAAAACAAGCAUGUGAUCAACUUCCCCAAGACCAACAACAAGUGCGUCUUCCACUGUAUCGCCUGGCAUACAUUCCAGAGCCCUAAGAAGGAUCCUCGAAGAAUUCAGGCUCAGGUGAAGGAGGCAUUCAAGCGCUACUGUUCUUUCAAGGGGGUUAAAUAUUCGUUGAGCCUGUUUAGGAGUUUCAAGCCCAUUGACCUACUACAACUCGAUGAGGUUGAAGACUGCUUUCAACUUGGUAUUAACGUAUAUAAGAUGGAUGUAGUUUCUGGAAAUGUAGAAUGUAUUCGUAGAUCUGACAAGGGGUAUGAGACUAUGGAUAUUUUAUCGUUCGAGAAUCAUGCUCUUUACAUCAAGAACAUCGAUAUGCUUCAGGCUAAGUAUCAAUGUCCUAAGUGUGAAAUGGUUUUCGUCAGCGCUGAAAGGGUUAAAAACCAUAAAAAGAAUCAGUGCGAGCUCGUAAAUAUCGAAAGCUUCCCAGCUGAGCCAACUAUCUACAAACCAGCUCAGAACGCAAUACGAUCACUACUUACGAAGUAUUCAAUCAAGAAUGCUGACCAGUACAUUGAUCACUUCAUCGUUUAUGACUGUGAGGCCAUCCUUAAUUCUACUGCGACUCAACACGGGGAGAAUACUGUCUUCACGAACGAACACAUUCCGGUGUCUGUAUCAGUAGCUGAUAGCCUAACCGAGGAGGUGCGUUGCUUUGUAAAUGAUGAUCCGAUGAUGCUACUUACGGAUAUGUUCAAAUACAUCGGUGAUGUAUCUGUUAAGAUCCAGCAGUACAAUGUCAAUAAGUACAAGUUGCUUCUACAGAAAAUCAUCAACGCCCACGGUCUGACCGGUAUGGAAAUUCCAGGAGUGAAUCUUGGUAAGAAGUACAACAUGACUGACGUGAUGAAUUGGAUUAAAGAAGGUAAGUAUGGUAGCUUCUUUGAUUUCCAUAAUAUUCUUGGUUUGGAAAGCAAAGGUCUGAUUACGGGAAACUGA